GAUUUGCAAAGCAGAAGUCACUCGAAAGGGAUUAGCUAGCUUGCUAGCAGGUAAAAUCUCUUUAGAUGAGCUACUUUGAACACCGCUGACACAUCGAGCGAGUUAUAAAGCUGAGACCCCAGCUGUUGCCAUGGCAAUCCUGUUUGCUGUGGUGGCUCGUGGAACCACGAUCCUGGCAAAGCAUGCAUGGUGUGGCGGCAACUUCCUGGAAGUGACUGAACAGAUUUUGGCCAAAAUACCAUCAGAGAAUAACAAAUUGACCUACAGCCACGGCAGCUAUCUCUUUCAUUACAUCUGCCAUGACAGAAUCAUAUACCUGUGUAUCACUGACGAUGACUUUGAGAGGUCACGUGCAUUCAGCUUCCUCAGUGAAGUCAAGAAGCGCUUCCAGACGACGUACGGGUCGAGAGCGCAAACAGCCCUGCCUUAUGCCAUGAACAGCGAGUUCUCCUCAACACUGGCAGCUCAGAUGAAACACCACUCUGACCCACGAGGAUCAGAUCGUGUCACUGAGACUCAGAUGCAGGUGGAUGACCUGAAGGGCAUUAUGGUCCGCAACAUUGACUUAGUAGCUCAGAGAGGAGAGAAGCUUGAGUUGCUGAUCGACAAGACAGAAAAUCUGGUUGAUUCAUCGGUGACAUUUAAGACCACAAGUCGUAACCUUGCACGAGCCAUGUGUAUGAAGAACCUCAAGCUGACUAUUGUCAUUGUGCUGGUGUGCCUGGUGAUCCUUUACAUUAUUGUUUCUGCUGCCUGUGGAGGCCUCAACUGGCCCACUUGUGUCAAAUGAGAGGAGAGUGGAGAUAAAAGAGAAGGAGAUAAAGGAAAAAAGGAAGAGGAGGAGAAGCACCUGUUCAACUUUGCCUGCCAGUGGACACACAAGGAAACACAGCUUUCCUUCCUUUACUCCUCUAGCUUCAGUAUCCCUAGAUGAGACAUGCUGCUGCUGCUCCUCCUCCUGCCUCCUUCCUCGCCCCCUCUUUGAUAGUGUGCACAUGGACUUGCCUUCUGGACAGGGAGUCCCACCUCAUACCCACACUAAUGGACAGCAGCCAUGUGGCCUAAAACUGAUGUGGAACAAUAAUCUUGUCUUAUUACAUUCAUCCUGUCUCAUGCACUUCGUGGCCUGAUGUAUCAGUUUGUGAUACUGUCCUGCUCCUGUCUAUGUAUUUAGACUGAUACCAGAAUGAACCACAAAGAUUGCUUGUCCUGCUUUUCCUUUAUUGUCCACACAGAUAUAUGUGACCUGCAUAGGUAGCAUGUUGCAGAUCCAUCAUGAAGGAAUCCAACAAUACAGUGUCUGGUCCUCUGUUAUAUAACUUAAAACUAAUUUUUUGACAAAACUGAUGCAGUAUACAAUAUGUCUCAAGCGUCUACUGAACCAUGGUGGUCGUGUCUCAUGAAUGAGAGCCAUUUUUUCCUCUGAAACCAACAUUUUCUGAUUUCUUUCACGUUUUACCGCCAAGCACAGUAGUAUAUUCUAAAAUGGAUGUUGUAAAAUACAAGAUAUGAUCAUAUAAAUAAAUAUUGUAAAUUUGAUUAAUAUUACUGACUCAAGAGAUGUAAUGGUUCUUUUAAAUCAAGCCUGUUUUUUUUAGGGAAUCCUUAUCUCCUUCUCACCUUGAUAGGAGGCUUCCUUUCACCUCUGCUAGGAUGUUCAGUGUGCCCAUAUGUUCUUUCUGUUAACACAAUGCACUUUUUACAUUGUACAUAGAUUUGCUUCCUGGUAUCAUAUGGUUUAUAAUCAUGUAAUUAUUUAAUUAUUGUACAUUCAGAUUUGAUAUAAUAAAAUCUGAUGGUAUCAA